CCUGAUUCCUCCACCGGCAGCGUUGCAGAUGGAAUACACUGAAGCUAACGUCAGACUCCGCAGAGUUAAUUGUAGUAAUUAAUGUCAUACUUCUGUUUAAUUUGCGAGGAUGGUGUCGCCCACUGAAGCCGGGUAAUCAGACUCAGAGGCCGGAGCGGCAGGGAAGGCUAUAUCUGCCUGGAGUUCAAGCAAGGACUCCUUGGUUAAAUAUUGGCCUCCGUGCAGGAUUCUAUUGGGCCAAUUGUGGAUAUUUCAGGGCGUAUUUGAACCGGAUUCUCUCGGCAGUGGAGGUGGCUUUUGGUGGGUUCGGUUCUUGAUGCCCGGAGGGCCAGAGGAUCCAACAUUAAGCAGCCCAGACUGCGGAGCCCCGGAGUAGGGCUCGAACACCGGGGAGUACAGAAGGAGUUAGUCUGUCUGAUUGGACUCCGUCGGGCCACCAGGCCCCCCCCCUCACCAUGAACCCUAUGAACCAGAUGAAGGCGGGACUGGCCAACAACCCACACAGUGACGGUUCGUACCCCUAUGACCCCUCCGGCUGGCAGCAGCCCAACAAUCAGCCGACAGGAUCCCUCUCCGUGGUAACCACAGUCUGGGGAGUGACCAAUCCCUCAGCCAGCCAGGGCAUGGGAGGAGGAGUAAUGGGGCCCGGGGGCAACCCAGGCGGGGGUCCCAUGAUGCAGGGCCCUGGGGGUCCGGGCAUGGGCGGUGGACCAGGAGGCUACAUGGGUCAGCAGGGCUAUGGAGAGCCCAGCAAAGGCUACAUGAACCAGGGCAUGUACGGCCGGAACACUGGCGGCUACGCUGGAGGACCGGGGGGGUAUGCAGGGAGUUACCCGUCGAACCCCGGCGGCUCCAGAGGCUCGGCUGACUUCUCGCAGGCUGCUGCCUAUGAGGUGUUGUUUCACACAUUUUUGCAACUCCAAAACAUUUCAAUUUACCUUCUCUAUUAG